AUGUCUAAAGUAAAUAAGCACCCCGUAGUAACCAGCUAUCGGUCCGUUCUGGAAUUGGUGACUCUCAAGGACUGGUUCUAUAAUUUCAGCGAAAGUGCUGACAACAGGGUCCGAGCGAUCCAGAGAGUAAAGGCCCUAGUUUCUCGAGGGAGGCUUCCUCAUGCAAUAGAAGCAACUUCCUUGUUAACUUCGGUGACACUCUCGGACCCUGAUUCCAAUUCAUGUGGAAGUGUGAUUAAACAGUCGGACUCAAAUAUCCUUCAACUUUCAUACUCCAUGGCUCUAGUAAGAUUUGUAAAUGGGCUAUUGGAUCCCUUCCAGCAGUCUAAUUUUGCGAUACCUCUUCACCAACUAGCUAAAAACUUAAAAUUGCCCAGUUUAUUUGUAGAAUUGAGACAUAUGGGGACUCAUGAGCAGCUCCCCAACCUUGAUACCUUGAGGUUGGCUAGCGAAAAGGCGUUGAAUUGGCUAUUUGAUAACUAUUGGUUGACUAUCGAAGAGAUCGAAGGUGAUGAAGAAGAAGAUGUAGAAACCGUAGAGAAUGUAGCCCAUGGGGAAAGGGCUUACAAUAUUAAUGAAAGUGCCGCUCACAAAGUUAUGGACGAAUCCAAACUUUCGGAUCAGGAUAAAAGCUACAUCAACAAGGAAUACGCUAAGCUAAACGCCAUAGUGACCAAGAUUGUCAAUGAGAUUAAAGUUUUCAAGAAGAUUAGGAAACUUGACCUAGAUGUAGAGUAUAAAUUCGGAAACUCGACUGAUUUGGGUAAGAAGUACUGGAAAGCAAUUAAGAACAUCAAGGAAAUGAAUGAAAAGGAGGGAUACCGACUUUACAUUAUACAGACUUUGAUGUACAAGAAUUUACUCAUAUACAAUGCAGAUAAGAUUGAUAAUAAGAAAAAGAUAAAGAAACUAAGUCCGUUAUUGAUUAAACUAUAUAACCCAUUACUCGAAGAAUUGGGGACUAAUUUCAAGUUUCUGUUGUUAUUCUCAAUUCUCUACACGCUUAACCACAACGAGGGUGAUUCGCCGGUAGUAGAGCUAAACACCUUAGUAAACUACAAGGUGGGUUUCACGAUACAUCAUGACUAUGAAAUUGUACAGUUAUUGGGAUGGGCCAGGUAUUUGAUGGAAGGUUUGCUAUCGGACACUCAAAAGUUUAGGAUAACGACUAGCACGGGAACAGUCAUCACCCAGCGAAUAUCGAUUGUUGAAAGGUUGCUCAAAGAUAUCCCAGUUGUGGUUCACACUAGGCGGUUGGAAUUACUUCAGACCUUACUUUCAUUGUUUAAGAAGAACAACUUUCAAAAUAAAGAGCUUGGUGAUAGCAUAGUUGAGGCAAUUGAAAAGAUGAAGAAAGAGCUAGUGGUUAAGAAUUACGCACCACCGCCCUCCUUGGACGAUUUGCUUAAUGAAGGUGAUACAGUAUCAACUAUUGAUAUAGAGCGUGUUAUAAAGAGACCAAAACUUGAGCAGAAAGCUUCAACUUCAGAACUGGAGCACUUCUUCUUUGAGAAGGUCGAAAAUUGGGAACCUACAGCCUUUGGCACGUUUGUUUGA